GUAUAUAAGGGUAUAUAAGGACCGACUUUUGUUAAGUGAAAGUUAUUCAACUCAACUUCAAAUUACAUUACACGAGGCAUCCUAUUCCACACUAACUCCACAUUAUAUUCAUACUUAUUGUGCAAAAACCCAUUCCUAUACCAAACCAACAUUAUGUUCAGAUACUUAACAGUAGUAUUACUGGCGAUUGGAUGCAAUGCCGAGACACAGUCCAUCCCCUCAUCCCAUGGCCUGACAAGUCUGACCGGAUUAGGAGGUUCUUACAGUGCAUUCCAGAAGCAAAUCCUUGCUUCUCAACCAUCAGAGGAGAAAACCUUCACCUUAAGAGCUGGAGAAUCCCUUCCCGCACAUUACGGCACUCCCCAAGUGGUGUCAUCAGGACCUGACCACCAGGAGCUUGUUGUACAGCACCCACAGCCCCGCAGAAUCCUUGUCCGCGUUGUAAAGCCCAUCAUAUUUGAAGAACGAGUGGUUAUUGUUCCCUAUCGUAGAGUUACUCAUGAAGUCAGACCCGUUAUCGAGGAGAGACAUACAGUUAUCUAUGGAAAGGACGGCAAACAGAUUGGAGGCCAGGGAGACCAUAAAUCUUCGUCAUACCCGGUAGCGUCUGCCUCCGGUGCCAACAGUCAAGUGGUCGCACAACCCAUAUAUACCGAGCCCAUCAUCAGGAAGAACGGACAGACUCUUAGCAAACGCACUGCUAUUGACUACUCUGGCAGUCGACCCAAUCCUAUCGAUAAUAGACGCUCACAAAGAGACAGAAUUAUGACUCGAAUCAACGCCCAGAGGGCAUAG